GGCCAAAGGAUGGCGAUCGGUUUAAUUGCUGUACGUUCAUUAGUCGGUGAUUGUGAAGCUUAGUUGAUGGAUUAUGCGGUCACUCUAUGUUUUGACAUGGCUUAGUCCGCCGUAUACCGAGAUGUAUCGACCUCAUAAGAAGAGGAGCUGAUGGCAGUCCCAAGUUCCUCUUCUUCACAAACAUCUUCCUUUGUUACUCAAAUUUGACUCUUUUGACAAACAUAUCUGCAAGCAAAGUUUGCUUUCGACAAACUGUCUUGAGAAUCUCCCUAUUACUUAAAGUACUGAUUGGUUGUCUCCUCUCAAACCAUUUCUGGUCAUCAAUCUCACCUACCUACGGAUAGAGGAAUCCAAUCUCCAUCUCUCUACUAUCUACUUAACCCCCCAUAUCACAACAUCACAUCAUGGCACCUUCUGCCGUCACUCCUCCAAUCCUCACUCCUACCUCCCUCACCUUCCCUACAUCAACCCACACAAACUCCUCUCUCAGCACCAGCACCCCCAAUUUCCACGGCUACGACCACAUUACCUGGUACGUGGGAAAUGCCAAACAAGCCGCCUCAUAUUAUUGCACCCGUCUGGGUUUCCAAACCAUCGCCUACAAGGGUCUUGAGACUGGUUCGCGCUAUAUCGCUUCGCAUGUCGUUGCUAAUGGCAAGAUUCGCUUCGUCUUGACUUCGCCUGUAAAGGCAUACUCGGGACUUAAAGAUGAUGAACCAAUUACUGAAAAGGAGAGAGAAUUGUUGAGAGAAAUAUACGAACAUUUGGAGAAGCAUGGGGAUGCAGUUAAAGACGUAGCGUUUGAAGUGGAUGAUGUGGCGAGCGUUUAUUACAAUGCCGUAGAGCAGGGGGCAGUGGGUGUGCAGAAACCAAUCAAGGGAAAAGAUGAAGAUGGGGAUGUCACAACCGCCAUAAUCCGCACCUACGGCGACACAACCCACACCCUCAUUUCCCGCAGCAACUAUAGCGGCACCUUCCUCCCCGGCUACCGGGCCACCCCCCCAUCCAAACUCGAUCCCCUCAACGCACUCCUCCCCACCAUCCCCCUCGAAGCCAUCGACCACUGCGUCGGCAACCAAGACUGGGGCGCCAUGCAAUCUGCCUGCGAAUACUACGAAAAAUGCCUCUCCUUCCACCGCUUCUGGUCCGUCGACGAUUCGCAAAUCAGCACCGCCCACUCCGCCCUCAACAGCAUCGUCAUGGCCUCCCCCAACAACGUCGUCAAGAUGCCCAUCAACGAGCCCGCCCCCGGUCUGCGCAAGAGCCAAAUUGAAGAAUACGUAGAUUUCUACUCCGGCGCCGGCGUCCAGCACAUCGCGCUCCGCACCCCCGAUAUCAUCACCGCCGUUUCGAAUCUGCGCGCGCGCGGCGUAGAAUUCAUCUCGGUGCCCGAAACAUACUACGAGACGAUGCGAGAACGUCUGGCAGAUAAAAACUUGGGAAUCAAGUGGGAACUGAAGGAAGAUUUCGAGGAGAUUAGAAAAUUGAAUGUGUUGAUUGAUUUUGACGAGGGAGGAUAUCUAUUGCAACUCUUCACAAAACCGUUGAUGGAUCGUCCGACGGUCUUUUUGGAAAUCAUUCAGAGAGAGGGAUUCGAUGGGUUUGGAGCGGGAAAUUUCAAGAGUCUCUUCGAGGCGAUUGAGAGGGAGCAGGAGGAGAGAGGAAAUUUGUAAAGAGUGACUCUUGGGUGGUGAGGAAUCAUUAGACGGUUGUAGUAGAUAGGCUAGGAUGAGGGCGAUAUGGUAUAUCUGCUUUAGGUGUACGGAGUCUGGGAUUUUGAGGGCACAAUGUUGCACCUUACGAAUGAUGAUCACUACAUAGCAUAGCAUUAGCGGAGUGGAUGAACGGAUUUUGGUGUGCAUUUCGGUUGGUUGCUCCGGAAUCAAGAGUUAAAGCGAAUCCUAUAAUUUAUCUUACA